UAGUAAGAAACAUUGCAGAUAAUGAAAGGGAGGUUUGUUUCUGCAUUAGGAGCACGGUUAAUAAAUCAACAGAAGGCUCCUUGCUUGAUUCUUGAUGGAGGUAUGGGGACUUCAAUGAAUAACUUGGGUUUGAAUGAGUAUGAUUCUUGGAGUGCACCGCGCAGGUUGAAUGAAGUGUAUAUUCGUGACAGUGUAAAGAAAGUACACACAAUGUUUUUAGAAAGUGGAGUUGAUAUUCUUACAACGAAUACAUAUGAUUCAGAAUUGGAUGGCGGUAGUCAAAAUUACAUGAAAAGUCAGUGGGUCCUUGAAAAUAUAAAUGUAGCUAAAGAAGCUAUUGAUGAGUUUAUGGCAAGGACAUCGAAAAGUGUUGAUUUUCCCAGACCACUAUUGGCCAUGUCUGUUGGUACUGUUGCUACAACAAUCAACUUUAGAGCUGAAAAUUCAAACAGAGAACAUGAUGAUGGCGCUGAUUGUUUAAGGGUUGAAGGUUAUGGCUUUGAAGCUUCAUAUAUCCAAUCUUACUUUAAUGCCAGGUUGGCUGAUGAUAUUUUGCAUCAUGGUGCUGUGUGCGGUGUCGCUGUUUUGGCCUUUGAAACUGUGGGUGAUUUGUUAGAAGUACAAGUUAUUUGUGAUGUUCUGAAAGCUAAGGCUGAUCUGCUAACUGAAACUGCAAUGUCUACAUGGGUUACAUUGACUUGUCUCGAUGAAGAAACAGUGGAUACAGGUGGCAGUGUGACGUCUUGUAUUGAGCUGCUGGCUAAGUGUCCUCAGGUAACUGGUGUUGGUAUUAACUGCUCCCAGCCUCAUCUCGUUACACCUAUCAUUGGGAAAAUAAAACAAAUACUUAAAGAAUGCAAUGCAGAAGAUAAGCUUAUUGUUGUUUAUCCAAACAGUGGUGAAACUUACCUCAACAGAGAAUUGAAAGAUGGUGAAACAGAUCAUUGGAAAACAAAUUUGGCAUUUAAGAAUUGGAAAUUUGCUGAUGCUGCCAUGGAGUGGAUCGAUAAUGGUGCACACAUAGUAGGGGGCUGCUGCAGAAUAACUGCUGAGAACAUUGCUGAACUAGUACAGAAAGUAGGCAAACUUUAGCUGCUGAGAACAUGUAAAUAAGUGAAUGAAGUCUAAUUUUAUGCAGCACUUUAUCAGUAAAUAUGUGAAUACAAUUUUUUUAAAUGUAUGAUUCAUUUCAUUUUACUUUUCACAUGGGUUAGUGUAUUUCUGUGGUCACACAGCAUUUUCAGUCUUCAGAUUAUCACAGAAGGUAUCUUGAGUGCAGUAGUGCAUUGCAUUUUAUAUUUUAGGUAUGAUUAGCAUUAAAUUAUGAUAUUAGGCCAGUGAGAUAUGAUGCAUUUGAUUGAUAGUUCUUCUUUGUAUUACAUCAGUAGAAAUAACCUUAACCUGGUUACCUUGUUGCACAGAGCAAUUCUACCUGCACAUUCACAUUUUUCAAUGAGAUCAUAACUUAGAGACUUUUUAUUGAAUUGUCAAUGGGGUUUUUAGUCAUAUUUUUACCAUCAUAAUUUGUUAAUUGCCUUAUAUAGUAAAAUCCUGAUUUACCGUACCCCAAUUUACUGUACCUCUUCCCUUCCCCAAAACGUUUGGAAAUUUAACAUUUCUAGUUGCAUAUCAUAUAUGAUUCUUAGAACAGUUGAAGUUAUUUA